GGCGGCGGACGCAGGCAGAAGCGGGCGUCGCGCGGACUGCUGGUCGGUGCCGCGCGGAGCUGGCGGCGGGAUUGGCUGCGGCACUCGCGUGUCAGGCGGUUGCUAGGCUCCGGCCGCGCGCCCCGCCCUCGCGCUCGGCGCCCUCUCACCGCCCGGCCCUGGGAUGGAGCAGGUGUGCAGAGGGUGAGGACCCAGCUCUGGGACCAGGUCACUUGCCUCUUUUCUUAGUGAGACUGUUGGCUUGAGCAGACCCAAGCCGGGAUGAGGAUGUCUGCGGGCCUUUCGCUGCCGCUCCCUCUCUGGGGGAGGACCUUUCUCCUUCUGCUGUCUGUGACUGUGGCUCAGUCCCAUUGGCCUUCGGAGGCUGGCAGGGACUGGGAGAACCAGCUCGAGGCGUCCAUGCAUUCAGUGCUCUCAGACCUUCACGAGGCUGUUCCCACAGUAGUGGGCAUUCCUGAUGGUACGGCUGUCGUUGGGCGCUCGUUUCGAGUGACCAUUCCAGCGGAUUCAGUUGCCUCCAAUGGAGAACUCAUCAAGGUGUCCACGGCGGGGAAGGAGGCCUUGCCGUCCUGGCUGCACUGGGACCCGCAGAGCCACACCCUGGAGGGCCUCCCUCUCGACACCGAUAAGGGCGUGCAUUACAUUUCAGUGAGCGCCACGCGGCUGGGGGCCAACGGGAGCCACGUCCCGCAGAGCUCCAGUGUGUUCUCUAUUGAGGUCUACCCUGAAGACCACAGCGAGCCGCAGUCUGUGCGGGCGGCAUCGCCAGAGCCUGCUGAGGCAGCGUCCUCUGCCUGUGCUGCCGACGAGCCUGUGACUGUCCUGACGGUCAUUCUAGAUGCUGACCUCACCAAGAUGACCCCGAAGCAAAGACUUGACCUCCUGCACAGGAUGCGGAGCUUCUCCGAAGUGGAGCUCCCCAACAUGAAGUUGGUCCCCGUGGUGAACAACAGACUGUUCGACAUGUCAGCCUUCAUGGCCGGCCCCGGCAAUGCGAAAAAGGUGGUGGAGAAUGGGGCCCUGCUCUCUUGGAAGCUGGGCUGCUCCCUGAACCAGAACAAUGUGCCUGAUAUCCGUGGUGUGGAGGCCCCUGCCAGGGAGGGCGCUAUGUCUGCCCAGCUGGGCUACCCUGUGGUGGGUUGGCAUAUCGCCAACAAGAAGCCCCCUCUCCCCAAACGCAUCCGGAGGCAGAUCCAUGCCACUCCCACACCUGUCACUGCCAUUGGGCCUCCCACCACGGCCAUCCAGGAGCCACCGUCCAGAAUCGUGCCUACCCCCACAUCCCCAGCCAUUGCUCCUCCAACAGAGACACUGGCUCCUCCAGUCAGAGACCCUGUUCCUGGAAAGCCCACAGUCACCACUCGGACUCGAGGUGCCAUUAUUCAGACCCCGACCCUAGGCCCCAUCCAGCCCACUCGGGUGUCAGAAGCUGGCACCACGGUUCCUGGCCAGAUCCGCCCAACGAUGACCAUUCCUGGCUACGUGGAGCCCACGGCCGUUGCCACCCCUCCCACGACUACCACCAAGAAGCCACGUGUAUCCACACCAAAACCAGCCACGCCUUCUACUGACUCCUCUACCACAACUCGAAGGCCGACCAAAAAGCCACGGACACCCCGACCGGUGCCGCGGGUCACCACCAAAGCUCCCAUCACCAGACUGGAAACCGCUUCCCCGCCUACUCGCAUCCGCACCACCACCAGUGGGGUUCCCCGCGGAGGAGAACCCAACCAGCGGCCAGAGCUGAAGAACCACAUCGACAGGGUGGAUGCCUGGGUGGGCACGUACUUCGAGGUGAAGAUCCCGUCAGACACCUUCUAUGACAACGAGGACACCACCACCGACAAGCUGAAGCUGACCCUGAAGCUUCGGGAGCAGCAGCUGGUAGGCGAGAAGUCUUGGGUGCAGUUCAACAGCAACAGCCAGCUCAUGUACGGCCUGCCCGACAGCAGCCACGUGGGCAAGCACGAGUACUUCAUGCACGCCACGGACAAGGGGGGCCUGACCGCUGUGGAUGCCUUCGAGAUCCACGUCCACAAGCGCCCUCAAGGGGACAGGGCUCCCGCGCGGUUCAAGGCCAAGUUUGUGGGUGACCCAGCCCCCGUGGUUAACGACAUCCACAAGAAGAUCGCCCUGGUGAAGAAGCUGGCCUUUGCCUUUGGGGACCGCAACUGUAGCACCGUCACCCUGCAGAACAUCACCCGGGGCUCCAUCGUGGUGGAGUGGACGAACAACACUCUGCCCCUGGAGCCCUGCCCCAAGGAGCAGAUCACGGGGCUGAGCCGGAGGAUCGCGGAGGAUGACGGGAAGCCGCGGGCUGCCUUCUCCAAUGCCCUGGAGCCUGACUUUAAGGCCAUGAGCGUCUCGGUGACUGGCGCUGGCAGCUGCCGGCAUCUGCAGUUCAUCCCCAUGGCGCCGCCCGAGAGAGCGCCCUCAGAGGCGCCACCCACAGAGGGGCCGGACAGGGACCCCGAGAAGAGCAGUGAGGAUGACGUCUACCUGCACACGGUCAUCCCGGCCGUCGUGGUCGCGGCCAUCCUGCUCAUCGCCGGCAUCAUUGCCAUGAUCUGCUACCGCAAGAAGCGGAAGGGCAAGCUCACCCUCGAGGACCAGGCCACCUUCAUCAAGAAGGGGGUGCCUAUCAUCUUUGCAGACGAGCUGGAUGACUCCAAGCCCCCACCCUCCUCCAGCAUGCCACUUAUCCUACAGGAGGAGAAAGCCCCUCUCCCCCCUCCUGAGUACCCCAACCAGAGCGUGCCCGAGACCACUCCUCUGAACCAGGACACCGUGGGAGAGUACACGCCCCUGCGGGAUGAGGAUCCCAACGCGCCUCCCUACCAGCCCCCCCCACCCUUCACUGCCCCCAUGGAGGGCAAGGGCUCCCGUCCCAAGAACAUGACCCCAUACCGGUCGCCCCCUCCCUACGUGCCCCCUUAACCCACAAGCGCCUGGGUGGAGGCAGGGGUAGGGCAGGGCCCUGGAGACAACACGGUGUUGUCUGUGGAGACCGGUGGCCUGCAGACCAUCGCCCACUGGGAGCCGACACCUGACCUAGCACACACUGACACGCGAGGCCUGGCCGAGCCCGCCCUCUCUGGUCCUCCAAACCCCAAAGCAGCUGGAGAGACUUUGGGGACAUUUUUACUUUUAUUUUUUGCCUAACAGCUUUUUCGUUUGUUCAUAGAAAAUUCUUUGCUGCGGUUUUGAUGGCUGGCUCUGAAAGCACUGUUUGGAGUAGAGGUAGAUGGAGGGAGCGAGGGGCCGUGAAUGAACUCGCGGGCAGUGCUGGGCGGCCUCCCAGCUCUCUGCGUUUUGCCUUUAACACUAACUGUACUGUUUUUUCUAUUCACGUGUGUCUAGCUGCAGGAUGUAACAUGGAAAACAGUAGCUAAAGAUUAAAGUCAAAGGACUUUCAGAAGUUAAGGUUAAGUUUUUACAUUUAAUCUGCUGUUUACCUAAACUUGUAUGUAUAAUUUUUGGGUGGGUAUGGGAAAUUGCUUUGCUAAAAAUAAGCUCCCAGGGUGUUUCAAACUUAGAGAAGACCAAGGGACAGUAUUUUUUAUCAAAGGAAUCCUAUUUUUUCACACUAUGUAAACUUGGUUGCUCUGAUACCGCAGAGCCUGCCUGGGGGCCUCCCGGCUGUGGCUCUGGGGCCGGGGUCCUGGUGCUGGGCUUGCUCUCCCGCUCUUGCCAGAGGCCGGAAGCUGGAGGGGCCUCUUGGCCGUGGACAUCCACACCCCCACCGCAUGCACGCUAGUGGCCCACCACCAAGGGGUCUUCAUUUCCAUGGAAAAGGGACUCCAAGAGGCAGUGGUGGCUGUGGCCCCCAACCUAGGUGCUCCAGGGUGGGCCGGCUGCUCGUGGGGGUGGCUUGGGGGGGUCGAGGGACUCGACCACAUCAACAUACUUUCUUUUACCCUUCUUCUGUGUGUUUUUUUUCCCCUCCUGAAAGGAAUAUCAUGGUUUUUGAAACACUCAGUGGGGGACAUUUUGGUGAAGAUGCAAUAUUUUUAUGUCAUGUGAUGCUCUUUCCUCACUUGACCUUGGCCGCUUUGCCCCAACAGUCCACAGCCCCACCCUGACCCACCCCACCCCUCUUCUCUGGCACUGCAGCCCCGGGCCUUGGGCUGGGAAAGGUCUGGUGGCAGGGGAGGAGUGCCAGCAAUAGUUCAUAGUCGAAAUCUGUGGGCUCUCAAAGCUAAUUUUUUACUAAAGUUUUUAUACAGCCUCAAAUUGUUUUAUUAAAAAAAAGAUUAAAAAUGGUGAUGCUUACAGCAGUUUGUACGAGCUCUUAGUGUUGAUUCCAUGGAACUGACGGCUUUGCUCAUUUUGAUUUUUUCCCCCCCUUUUCAUAAUGGUUUAAAUUCUCAAAUUACACUGAGCUUCUUUUGUCUUUUUUAGCAGAACGUCCGUCCGUCCAUCUGCAUCUCUGUCCCGUGACUCAGGGGUGCCCACUCUGCUUUGAUUCUCCUCCUUUGGAAGAAACCAUUUUGAGCAUGACUUUUCUUGAUGUCUAAGAGUUAUUUUGGGUACCUUUUAGGGAGGAAUGCCUUUUGCAAUAACGUAUCCCUUCCGUGAUCUAGGGCCGGUGGGUGGACCCAGGCUCCCUUUGCACACCGAGCAGCCACUUCUAAGCCAUAUCGACUGUUUCACAGAGGAUUUGUGUGUGCUGCCUCAAGAGGGGAGGGCUAGUCAGAGAGGAGGGGGUCUCCAGCCUGCCCUUCUCAGGAGGGCAUUCCCCCUGCGCCUUUUCCCACAGGGCCCAGCCUCUCUCCCUGCCCAGCCCUUGGUACUCAAGCGAGCAGUGUCCCUGUGGUGGGGGAGCCUGUGGAUGAGGGCUCAGUGGACCUCUGGUGACUGGGUCUCAUGCCUCCCAGCCCUGAUCCAAGCCAGAGUUUCCCCAUUGCCCCAGAGUCAGGAGCACAAGUGGGGUCUGACCUGGUGAGAUUAUUUUUGAUGACCUCAUCAAAAA